AUGACAGAAACUUUCCAAAAGAUCCAGAAAAUCGGCGAAGGCACUUACGGUGUCGUCUACAAAGCAAAGGAAAAAACAACAGGCAGAAUCAUAGCCUUAAAAAAGGUCAGACUAACAGAUGACAGAGAGGGUGUCCCUGCCACCACAAUCCGUGAAAUAUCCCUUCUCAAAGACAUAAAGCACAAAAACAUCAUUGCCUUGCACCAAGUCGUGUACACGGAGAAUAAACUCUACCUCGUCUUCGAAUACGCUGAAACUGACUUGAAGAAAUUCCUGGACACUCUAAGAAUCGAAAAAAGAUCACUCUCCCCGGAGAAUGUGAAAGCGUUCGCCUUCCAGCUGACAUCUGCUCUUUCUUACUGCCACUCCAUUGGAAUCCUGCACAGAGACUUAAAGCCCCAGAAUAUCCUCAUCACGAAAGAUAACCAGCUGAAGCUGGCUGACUUUGGGCUGGGCAGAAGCGUAGGCAUUCCUUUGCACACCCUCACCCAUGAGGUAGUCACACUGUGGUACAGGGCACCAGAACUGCUUCUGGGGGCCCGCAAUUAUUCCACAGCAAUUGACGUCUGGUCUUUGGGCUGCAUAAUUUACGAAUUAAUUGAAUUGAAGCCCCUCUUCCCGGGAGACUCAGAGAUAGACCAGAUAUACAAGAUAUUCCAGGCUCUGGGCACCCCCAACGAAACAGUCUGGCAAGGAGUCACCACCUUGAAGAACUUCCAGGUGGAGUUUCCUGUCUGGAAUAAAAGUGCUAUAAAAAUAACAGAUCCGCAGCAGAAUCAGUUAGUCACUGAUAUAUUGGUGUAUAAUCCUGUGGAUAGGCCUUCUGCUGUGCGAUUAUUGCAACAUCCUUACUUUCUGAAAUAA